ACUGUGCUAACAGUUCAAUUUUUAGGACUUUACAAGAUGCAGUCCCUAUCUGCGCGCCAAGCGGCUGGCGAGGCUUCUACCUCGCGGGCCCCUUCCUCGCGCUCAGCAGCCCCGGCCCGCCGCACCAGCGUUGUUUGCUCCGCUAGCAGCAGCUCGAACAAGGAGGUCACGCUGCUGGACUAUGGCGCCGGCAACGUGCGCAGCGUUCGGAAUGCCAUCAAGAAGCUUGGCUACACGAUCCGCGAUGUGGAGUCGGCCGCCGACCUGGCCUCCGCCAGCAAGUUGGUGUUUCCGGGCGUGGGCAGCUACGGGCAGGCCAUGACCAUCCUGACCCAGAAGGGGCUGGUGGGGCCGCUGAGGGACUACAUACACGUGUCGGCAGUUCAGUUCCACCCGGAGAAGAGCGGCGCCACCGGGCUGGACAUCCUGCAGGGAUUCCUUGAGCCCGAGGCCGCGGUGGCCGCGCGCAAGGCCGCCGCCGCCGCCGCCGCCACCUCCUCCUCCUCCGCUGCUGCUGCCGCCGCCGCCCACUCGCCGCGCGGGCUGGCCAAGCGCGUGAUCGCCUGCCUGGACGUGCGUAGCAAUGACGCCGGAGAUCUGGUGGUUACCAAGGGCGACCAGUACGAUGUGCGUGAGAAGGGCGACGCACGUGAGGUCCGCAACCUGGGCAAGCCCGUGGACCUGGCGGCGCGCUACUUCGAGGAGGGCGCUGACGAGGUGGCCUUCCUCAACAUCACCGGCUUCAGGGACUGUGUGAUGGAGGACACGCCCAUGCUGGAGGUGCUGCGCCGCGCCUCGGAGCGCGUGUUCGUGCCGCUCACGGUGGGCGGCGGCAUCAAGGCGCUCACGGACAGCAGCGGCCGCACCUUCUCCGCCGUGGAGGUGGCGGCAGAGUACUUCCGCUCGGGCGCGGACAAGGUGUCCAUCGGCUCGGACGCAGUGGAUGCGGCGCAGGCCUACUACGCCCGCGGUGCCCAGGCCGACGGCUCCACCGCCAUUGAGCAGAUCAGCGCCGUGUACGGCAAGCAGGCUGUGGUCAUCUCCAUCGACCCGCGCCGUGUGUACGUGUCGGACCCGGCCGCCGUGCCGCACGCCACCGUACAGACCUCGCGACCCGGGCCCGCCGGCGAGCAGUACUGCUGGUGGCAGUGCACCGUCAAGGGCGGGCGCGAGGGCCGCGACCUGGGCGCCGUGGAGCUGGCUCGCGCGGUGGAGGCGCUGGGGGCGGGCGAGAUCCUGCUCAACUGCAUCGACAACGACGGCGUGGGGCAGGGUUUCGACCUGGAGCUGGUGGACGCCGUGUCCCGCGCCGUGACCAUCCCCGUCAUCGCCUCCUCGGGCGCAGGCUGCCCCCAGCACUUCUCGCAGGUGUUCCGGGCCACGGGCGCCGCCGCCGCGCUGGCCGCGGGCAUCUUCCACCGGCGCGAGGUGGGCAUCAGCGAGGUGAAGGCACACCUGGCGGCGGAGAACAUCCCAGCACGCAUCUGAGAGGGAGGAGAAGGAGGAGUGAAGGAGUUAAUGGAGAAGGAGGAGGAGGAGGAGGAGGAGGAGGAGGAGGAGGAGGAGGAGGAGGAGGAGGAGGAGAAGGAGGAGGAGGAGGAGAAGGAGGAGGAGGAGGAGAAGGAGGAGGAGGAGGAGGAGGAGGAGGAGGAGGAGGAGGAGGAGGUAGACGAGAGGGGGCAGAGGGAGGGUGCAGGCUGCAGAGAGGGGAGAGGGGGAGGCGGGAAGGUUGGGGAGGAAGAGAGAGGGGGUGCGGCGGGGAGAGGCACGAGUUAGGUGUGUGUGCAUGUUUGUGUGCGUGCGUGCGCGACUCCUUCAGCAUGGUGGGAGUCAGAGUGCGGGGGCUUGGGGGGCUGCGGGACAGGGGCGCCGAUACACACGUGUCUACACAGCAAGUUGGGGGAGAGCUUGUGAACGCGCUGGAAGGGCGCUGUGGCGUGACGUGAUGUGCGGAUGAUAGUGGUGCACGGUGAGGGGCCACCGCCUGUGAUGAAAUGGGAGCUACACACAUGCAUGUGGGGGCAGGGAAGCGUGCCCUCGCACGGGUGAUGGGAGGGCGAGGGGCGGUGACAACGGGAUGAAGCCCGGCAGACACGGGGGAGGGGCACGGGGGAGGGGUGAACCCGGUAUGCCGCAGGGCCGCAGGUGUACCGUAUGUGUGCUGCUGCUGCCUGCCGGUGCGCCGCUCACUGCCGGCUGCUGAAAUGCCGGGUGUGUAAUGCGUAGUUGCA